AUGAAGCUUGCUAGUUUUUUAAUCGUUUUAAUCCUCAAUUGGAUAUUAUGGACAUUUGUUAAAACUAUUCCAAUUCGAAAAAGUUUAGCUAAACAAGUUGAAAAGGAUUAUACGGCAAAGAAUCUGACUAAAAUAUUAAAUGAAGAGGCUGAAUCGUCGAUCAACCCUCAAAUUCAAAAAUCUGAAGAAAAUUUAACAAAAAAGGACACAGAUGGAGAGAAAAAAGUGUUUAACAAAAGUGAAUAUCAUCAAGAAUAUUAUCAAAAAAAUAAAGAAAAGUUUCGUGAAAAUAGUCGAAAUUACUAUGAAAAGAAUAAAGAAAAGGUGCUUGAACGUAGACGAAAUUACCGAGAAAAUAAUAAAGAAAAGAUAAAUGAAUAUAAUCGAAAUUACGUUAAAAUUCAUAAAAAUAAGCAGAAAAAAGAUGGGAAAAUUUACUACCAAAAAAAUAGGGAGACGAUACUGGAAAAACAAAAAAUAUAUAAACAAAAUAAAAAAGAAAAGCUGAAUGAAUACAACCGAAAUUAUUACCGGAAAAAGAAAAACGUUCAAUUUGACAAUAACGAAGGAACUUCAUUUGUUAAUCAACAGACUGGUAAUUUUAUUAAUAAAGGUAAAUUACCAAUUGUUUGCGAGGAGAGUUCUGAGGAAGAAAAUUCUAAUCAAGUGGAGGACGAAUGCAAUAAUGGAAAUGGAGAGCAAAAUCAAAUAGAGGCAGAAGAGCCAAAGAGUAGAAUUAUUGAUGACGACACAAGUAAUGUAGAUGCGAACAAGAAAAUUCAUUCUUUUGAUCUAAACCAGAUACAUGAGCAAAAUCAAAUCGAAGUAGAAGAGACGAAUAAUAUUCUUGAUAAUGACACAAUAGAUUUAAAUAAGAAAAUUCAUCCGUUUGAUUUGAACGAGAGACCUGAGGAUGAAUAA